AUGAGUCACCGACCAGGCACCCCUACCGUCCUCCGCAGCCAGUCAAGGAGUCAGCUCCUUAGAGACUGUAGGGUCUACAUCAGUCUGCUGGAAAUGCUACUGGAAUUACAGCAGUCUGUGCAGGAUCACUUCGCGCACCUGAGAACCUUGCAGGAGGAACAGAGUCACACUGAAGCCAUCUGCAAGCAUGAAGACCAGCUGAACGACCUGAUUCGCAUGGUGAUCAAACUCAUGUGGUCUGAGGCUAUGAGUGGCCUGGAGCUGCAGGAGCCUCUCUCAGUCCUAAAUUCCAGGGCUGCUGUUGGAGGUGUACAGAGGGUGAACUCGUCCUCUCAGCCCUACCGCCCAACUCCCCAACAAAGUGAAUCUGGAGCUACACUUGUCAGCCAGGACCUCUCCAGUCGUGGAAUUGAAAUCGCUGCCUCUUUCCAGUUGGGAUUCCAGGACUACCAGGCCUACCAAAGAGACAAAUACCACAAGGACAAGAACAGCAUGGGCUUCAUUAACCUUGGCACCAGUGAGAACAAACUCUGCAUUGACCUGAUUACUGAGAGGUUGUGCCAGAGUGACAUGAACCACAUCGAGGAUGUCCUGCUGCAAUAUCCUGAUUGGAGAGGGCAUCCAUUCCUGCGGGAAGAACUAGCUCGGUUCCUGACCUACUACUGCAAAGCACCUGCCAGCCUUAAUCCAGAUAAUGUGGUUGUUCUUAAUGGCUGCUGCUCUGUCUUCUCUGCAUUAGCCAUGGUUCUGUGUGAACCAGGGGAUGCCUUUCUCAUCCCCACUCCCUUCUAUGGUGGCUUCAUCUUUAGCUCCUACUUGUAUGCCAAAGUUGAACUGAUUUGCGUCCACCUAGAGAGUGAGAUCACCGAGGAGAACACCAGUCCUUUCCAGCUCACUGUGAAAAAGCUGGAGCGAGCCAUGGUUGAAGCUAGACUCAAGGGGAAAAGAGUCAAAGGCCUUGUGCUAAUCAACCCACAGAAUCCUUUGGGUGACAUCUACUCCCAAGAGUCACUGAAGGAAUACCUGGAAUUUGCCAAGAGGAAUUACUUGCAUGUGAUCAUAGAUGAGAUUUACAUGCUCACUGUGUUUGAUGACUCUCUCAAGUUCCACAGCGUGCUGAGCAUAGAAAGCUUGCCUGACCCCAACAGGACCCACGUGAUCUGGGGAACUAGUAAGGAUUUUGGCAUCUCUGGCUUCCGCUUUGGCGCUCUGUACACCCACAACAAGGAUGUGGCCUCUGCUGUGUGCUCCUUUGGCUACCUCCACAGUACCUCUGGCACUGCCCAGUACAAACUACACCGCCUGCUCCAAGACAAAGAAUGGAUCAACACAGUGUACCUGCCAACUAACCACUCACGGCUCAGGAAGGCCUACAAUUAUGUCACUGGUCAGCUGAAGCUAUUGGGAAUCCCCUUUCUCAGUGGUGGCGCUGGCCUCUACGUCUGGAUCAACUUGAAGUCAUACCUAGAACCAUGUACAUUUAAUGAAGAACUGGCCCUCCAUCAGCACUUUCUGGACAUGAAGCUGAUGUUAUCUCGUGGCAAAAGCUUCAAGUGUAAAGAGCCUGGCUGGUUCCGCCUCAUGUUUGCAGAAAAACUUCCAACGCUGGAAGUGGCCAUGCAGCGGUUGCACAGCGCGUUACAGAUUCAGAAACAGAUUCAGGAACAGAAACGGAUAGAGAAGAUGCUGGCGGAUGCGCAGGGAUCGGCCAGCCACCCCACCCCACCCGACCCGACCCUACUACCACCAGCAUCACGCGUGCGCCCCCCUAAAGCGCAGGCCUCGGCCCAGGGGCUUCAUUCACCGAGCGCCAGGUGGGGCAGAUGCGCUCGGGGCAGUCCCGGAAAUCCGGCCCGGGCGCCCCGUGUCCGGCCGCACUGGUUCCGGGGCCCUCCCGGACUCAGCCGCGCGUCCAGCACUGGGGGACAGCCUUCGGGCCUCAGAUCGCACGUGAGCAGAGCGGUGUCGGCGCUGCCGCCCAACCGGGGCGGUCCCCAAGCUGGCCGAGAAGCUGACAGCCGGGCCUUCUUCCCUCCGUGCGCUUUACGAAAGCGUCUCGGCUCUUCCGUCUCGACCCGCGCACACUUCCUCCCGGAAUCCGGGAGCCGUCUCUCCCGUGGCCUCCUCCGUCCUACCGGGGAGGACCUGUCGGUGUUUAAUGCCCGCCAGCCGUACCUCUUUGCGGAAUCCCAAAGCCGAUCUCCGACGUCUGUGUGGCUGUGCGCUCCCGGUGGACACCUGGAGCCGGGAGCGGUUCGCUCCCCGUCCCAGGCCGAGCCCCUACGCAGGCCUCCUCUGCCAGCCCCGCUGCCACUCCAAAGACCCGGGCUAUUCACCGAGGUGAGCGCUGGGGAGAGCCCAGCCAGUUCGGGAAGGGCGCUGAAGACUUCGUGGAGCGUAAUUUAG